UGCUCGGGCGCGUGGCCGUGACGUCACAGGCGUCGUUGAAAUGCCCCGGAGCUCACCGGGGGAGAAGACAUUAAGCAGGCAGGCAGGCAGGCAGAGUAAAGUAGAGCAAAGUAGCUGUCAACACACGGACUGCUCCACUCCUGCUCCACAACACUUGCCGACAAUGUUCCGCAGCAUUAAGGUGUUCGUGUUGUGUCACGGGCUGCUGCAGUUCUCCCAGCUGCUCUACAGCUCCUACUUCAAGAGCACCAUCAGCACCAUCGAGCGGCGCUACGGCCUCAGCAGCUACUCCUCGGGGACCAUCUCCUCCCUGCACGAGGUGAGUAACAGCCUGCUGAUCGUCUUCCUCAGCUACUUUGGCAACCGCCUUCACCGCCCUCGCGCCAUCGGGAUCGGCGGCGUGUUGAUGGCCGUCAGCGCCUUGAUCCUGACCUUGCCUCACUUCCUGUCCCAGCCCUACGACUACGACUCUCUGCUGCUGAACGGACUGGACGUCUGCGACCCGCACAGGAACUCCAGCGCCUCCGAGUCCUGCGGCCGCGACGAGAGCCGGCGCCUGGCCGACACCAAGACCCUGUGGCUGCUCAUGGCCGCCGCACAGCUGCUGUUCGGAGUGGGCUCGGUGCCCAUCCAGCCCUUCGGCAUCUCCUACAUCGACGACUUUGCUGCAGCCGGGAACUCUCCCCUCUACAUCGCCAUCUUGUUUGCUGUGUCCGUGUUCGGGCCCGCCGUGGGCUUCCUGCUGGGCUCGGUCAUGCUGCGGGUCUACGUGGACGUGGACAAAGGGGGUCUAGGCGGCCAGCAGGGGCUGAGGCCGGGAGACCCCCGCUGGGUGGGAGCCUGGUGGAUGGGCCUGCUCAUCACCUCCGCCUGCCUGGCGCUCACCUGCAUCCCCUACUUCUUCUUCCCUCGCAGGAUGCCUUCAGGGGAGCAUAUGAUCGAGAGUGGAUCCGACGCCAGCGACGACUUCAAGAAGCCUCACGUGUCUUUAUGCGACUUCUUGAAGAUGUUUCCCCGCAUGUUCUUCCACCUCCUGCUGAGCCCGCUCUUCCUCCUCCUGGUCUUGGCGCAGUGCUGCUUCUCCUCCGUCAUCGCCGGCCUCUCCACCUUCCUCAAAAAGUUCCUGGAGCGCCAAUACAGCGCCUCCACCGCCGACAGCAGUCUGCUCGUAGGUGCUGUGAAUCUUCCGGCAGUGGCGGUGGGGAUGCUGAUUGGCGGUGUCAUCAUGAAGAAGACGGAUAUGUCGCUGAAGAACAUUCCGCGCUUCUGCGUGGUCCUGUUGACCAUGUCCACCCUCCUCUUCAUCCCGCUCUUCUUCAUGGGCUGCUCCACGCAGAGAGUCUCCGAGGUCAAUCACUACCAAGUCGGGCGGCACGGGUCUCCGUCCAUGUGUUACGCCAACUGCUCGUGUCCCGCCGGCGCCUUCAACCCGGUGUGCGGCUCCGAUGGCGUGGAGUACAUCUCCCCGUGUCACGCGGGCUGCACCCACUUCACCAAAAACCCCAACCACACACACCUGGUCCAGCUUUACACCGACUGCAGGUGCAUACCCGGCAGCCAGAGCCACGCCAGGCCGGCGCCCUGUCCCAACAACUGUCCUCACUUCCUGCUGCCCGUCAUCCUGGUGGUCUCUGCGGGGGCGCUGAUGGCCUGCCUCACCCACAACCCCAUGUACAUGAUGCUGCUCAGGAGCGUACCAUCUGAAGAGAAGUCCUUCGCCAUCGGCGUCCAGUUCCUACUCCUGAGGCUUUUGGCCUGGCUUCCUGCGCCGGCUCUCUUCGGCAUGGCCAUCGACACCUCCUGCGUCUGGUGGAAGCGCGUGUGCGGCAGGAAGUUCAGCUGCGGUUACUACGACAACGACAUGUUGAGGAGCAGGUUCCUGGGCUUACAGGUGGGCUACAAGGUGAUGGGCGUGGUGCUGCUGGCCAUUCUGGGCUGGAAGGUGCAGCGGACUCAGGAGUACAGUCUGGAGAAGAGGCCUGAUGGAGUGCUGUGAGGAAACACCUCAGCUUCUGCAGGACUCACUCCGAUAGCUUCCUUCCCUACUUCCUGUCAGGUGAUGUGCACCUUUUCUAUUUAUUAGCCAUGUUAUGUAGACAGUGCACACUUUUAUACACCACCUUUGUAUUUAUUAGCCGUGUUAUGUAGACAGUGCACACUUUUAUACACCACCUUUGUAUUUAUUAGCCGUGUUAUGUAGACAGUGCACACUUUUAUACACCACCUUUGUAUUUAUUAGCCAUGUUUUGUAGACGUGUGCACACUUUUAUACACCACCUUUGUAUUUAUUAGCCGUGUUAUGUAGACAGUGCACACUUUUAUACACCACCUUUGUAUUUAUUAGCCGUGUUAUGUAGACAGUGCACACUUUUUUACACCACCUUUGUAUUUAUUAGCCGUGUUAUGUAGACAGUGCACAUUUUUAUACACCACCUUUGUAUUUAUUAGCCGUGUUAUGUAGACAGUGCACACUUUUUUACACCACCUUUGUAUUUAUUAGCCGUGUUAUGUAGACAGUGCACACUUUUAUACACCACCUUUGUAUUUAUUAGCCAUGUUAUGUAGACGUGUGCACACUUUUAUACAUCAGGUGUGUUUUUGACAUGUUUGCUACUCACCAUAAAUACAGUGCUGACUAUCAGGGCUGGAAAUCUUUAUAUAUUUAUAUAUAUAUAAUGUGUGUGUGUAUAUGUGUAUAUAUAUAUACUGCAUGUAUACAGUAUGUGUGUGUGUGU